CAAUACUCUCGCUGGGACACCUUCCUCUACUUCAACAAGAAGCUUGUGGCAAAGACCAUGGACCGAUAUUGCGCCGCCGUUGCUGCCAAGGGGUCGCCACUGACAAACGUGUUUGAGUUCAUCGACGGAACAAAAGUGCAAACCUGCCGAAUUUCGUCCACUGGCGAUGGCGAAAAUUUGCAGAAGCAAAUCUACAGCGGCCACAAGCGAAUUCAUUGUCUCAACUAUCAAGCGGUUACUGCCCCUGACGGAAUUUGUGUGCAUUUUUAUGGGCCUGUGGAAGGGCGUCGUCAUGAUACGACUCUUUUGCGGUUGAGUGGCUUGCUUGAAUUCAUGAGUCUGCAUCCAAGUGUUUUUAUUGACCAAGUUUUAUAUGGAGAUCCUGCGUAUGGUAUUGCUCCGCAUUUGAUUUCUGGUUUUAAGGGAAACAAUUUGAGUGCUGAAAAAAUGGAGUUCAACAAAUGGAUGAGCAAAGUGAUGCAGUCA